UGUUCCAUUCUGAGUCCGUGCAGAUCUUAGUGUACUUUAUUGUAUUGUUUCAUGCCAGCUAUCAAUAUUCUUGAAUAGUCAAAAGCGUUAUAAGUUUUCUUAUUGCCUACCUGUGAGAACAGACACAUAGGGAGUGACAGUCUUUCCACAUUUUAUAAUAUAUAAUUAUGCAGAGACCUACAUCCUCACCUAUACAUGAUGAUGUAGAUGAUGAUCUUCAUUAAAUAUGUGAAGUAUAUUGCUUACUGCAAUGCAGUUGGAUUUCCUUUUGGCCAUAUUUCUUUAGUGCAGCCACUGAUUAUAUAUUAACAUUUGCAGCCAUUAACUACUAACUGUAAAACACAUCCAUCCAUAGUCAGGACUGCACUAUUUCCUGCCUCCCCCUGCUAAUUGAGCAGGCCAAGGUCGAGAGGAGAAUGGCUGAGUAGUGGGACUGGGGGAUGCAAGACAUGCUUACAGUGCACUUCCUCUUUAUGCCCGUCAUGCUAAGACGCUCAGUGUUGGCCAUCCAUCUUACUGACAAGAUCGCCCCACGCUAUGAAGUGGGAGCAGAUAUCAUUCAAAACCAGGCCAGUCCCUUACUGGGCAUUUGGCAGCAUUGGGAAGUGUACAUGUUUUUUAGAUGUGGGCAGAGACGAAGUAAAGCUACAUAACAUGCUUGAGGCCAUAAAAUGUGUCCCUGUUGUCCCAGUUUUAUAAGUGAAAAUGGGAGAUUUUUAUUUGCAAAGGGAAGCUGUCAUUGUUAUGCCCAUUUAUACUGGAUACAGAUUUGAAUAGAGGAGUGGUGAUUUUUUGGUUGUUUUUUUUUUGCAGAACUUUUAUGCAGAAACUAUAGAGCCUACAAGUCUGUGAAAUUAGCCCCAUCUAAUGGAUAAAAGUGAGAUUGUUGCCUAACACCAGUCAAACUUUAUACAGCAAGGGUAGUUGGCAAGGCUAAGUAAGUGUUAUAUGCCAGCUUUAAAAAUGUGUACAAGUCUUAAGCCACACCUCAUCUGCUUUAUAUUUUGAAAAUUGAUAGUUGCUGCAGUGAAGCUAUUUGAUAUGACCACACAUAACAUUAACAAUCACUUGUUCCCAUAUUCAUAAACAGCUGCUUUUUUCUAAAUUAACCAGUAAUAUAUAGUGAUGUUUUUUUUUUAAAGUCCAUCACUAGCUCUUACGUUAGAUUGUUAAAGAAGAGUUUGCUCUGUUGCUUAUUUACUUAUUCAUUUGUUUAUUUGGUAUUUUAGUUUAGUUCUGAUGAUGCAAUUAGUAAAAAUCAUUUUGAAGCUGAUGCUCCAGCCAUUAAUGGAAAACUAGUUCAAAUACCUUCAUUCAUUCAACAUCUAAACUAUCUGGACUCAUCUCCUCCUGCAUAGAAGAUAUUAAAAACAUAUAUAUAUAGACUAAGACAUGCGCCAAUUUAAUGCAAAAAGUACUCUAUGCUGAGUUGGAAAAUUGAUAUUGUGCAGUUAGCUUCACAGUUUGUAUGUAUCAUACAAAUAAAAAUUGUUGACAUUAAAAAGUGUAUGAAAAUGUAUCAUCUGUGGUGGAGAGAACACUUACCAAACUUAAUCAGAAUCUGUAGUUCAUUUCCUAACAGGUAUCAGUGUCAGUGAAAAAAAAUACUGUUUCUAAAGAUUCAUAUAUAACAAUAAAAAAAAAUAUUUUCCAGCUACUGAGCAGUAAUGCAGAUACAACUUCAAAGUUGUAUCUUUUAAUUAUUUCAAAUUUGCAUGCACUAGAACAGGAGAAUCGAUGCUGAACCCAAAUGCACACAAUGCAUGCAAAUCUGCCUUAUUGCAUCACAAAGGACCUUCCCCUGUCAUUCCUUCACAGUUAUUUUGGAGUAAACAAAGGGUGUGUUAAAAUCCAUCCAGAUGCAUACGUGGCUCCAUGUGAGCAUUGGUCACACAACCAAACUAAAGCUCUGCUGGUACACUAGGUGUCAGUGAGUCAUGGCGAUCUUUAAACGCGUGUUGUUUAUCUCAUCUUUGAUGCCGCUGGUAUUGAGCUACCCUUUCUACCCACCAACAUGCUAUACUAAGGUGCUGAGCAUGGCCCGGGACCUCACCCAGUGGGCAGCAGAUUUGAAAAGGGACCCAGAGACUAGUUACUGCAUGGCACGCAUGCCAAAUCUCUACAUUGAUGUUCAUAAUGGUUGUGUGAUGUACAAAAUGAGCACCUACCUCCAAAUGGUGGAGAGCCUGCGACAGCGCCGCUGUGCUUACACCAGAGACGUAAGGAAGCUGGGUGUCACUAUGCGACAGCUCUUCAUCAUCAUGUCAGAGAGAUGCCACGGGGACUUGGUGUUCACAGGCUUUGACUGCUCUGCCCUGGAGCGCUGACAUCCUGGAUGGUGAAAUAUUUCAAGCUGCUCACCAAGAACGUUGAUAGAGAGACAGCCAGAGUCUCAGUGGACAUUCUUUAUUUCUUCAAGUAAUGACAGUAUUGUAAAAAAUAAAAACUGGAAGACACGAGUCUGAGAUCACCUGAGUAAACCAUAUUGUGAUUCUGAUGUUAUAAGCAUGUAUUCUCUUUGUAAUAACAUUUAUUACCAACCAGAUGAUAAAGCAAAAUAUUUUACAGAAUAAGAUGUAUUAUUUUUUUAAUAAUUACACAGGCCUCUUAUAGAAUGAAUACAGUCACAUUUUUGGUUGAUAGACAGUUGUUUGAAUAAUUAUGCAAAAAAACAACAACAAAGAAACAACUUUUAAUGCAGACUAAUGAGUUAAACCCCUAUGGAAGCAAAUUAAAACUGAGCCUUCUGAGUACCUUUGAUCUGCCAAAUGUGAUAAAGACAGCAUUCAUUAUAUUUCUUCCAGGGUUUUUUCACACACAGGUUGCCAGAUAACCAUAUUGCAUAGUGCAUAGUGGAGGUCAUACUGACUGUAUUAGGGCAGCGCUUAAGUAACAGUAACAGACAAGUAAAAGAUCUGUCAGCCAAGACACUUCUAUCUUGCUUUUGUCAUCUUUAAAAACAUCUGUAAUAGCCACAAACAAGCUACUAAAUGGACACUGAGGUGUGACUGUUCUGCUUUUAUAUGUUCUCAAUGUGUAAAAUGGACUUUGCAGCAC